AUGGGUUGUUCCUUAUAAAAAUCAUCUGAUCACAAACUGGCAAGUAAAAAAUGCUCUGCUAAUGAAAAUAUAUGUAACUCAGUAUGCAUAAUACAUUUAGAAACACCAGAAAAAAAAUCAAAUUUGGAAGUUUAUAAUCCAAUAAUAGGGAAAAUGGUAUCAGUACCAAUUCUAGUGCCUGCUUCUAAAAGUAGUAUAUUAAAGAGAAGAAGUACACAAAUGACAAUAGGAUAAUGA